AUGUUCAGCAUCGAACCGCCCUCAAAGCGUCCGCGACUUGAUCAGCCUUCUCAGACUCACUCUCGAUCUCACUCUUACUCGGCCGAGUUCCUAGAUGAAACGACUGGUGCUGAAGAGUGUGCGACCCUGCCUUCAGCAAACACAAGACCUCCCGAAUCAAGCACAACGUCUAAUCACGACGUUUUCCACUCCUCGCCGGGUAGCUGGUAUCAAGAUGGCUUCUCGCAAGACCCGGGAUUCCUUGCGUCGCAGGAAGAACUGCGUGCUAUUCUCUUUACGCUUGCCAAUUCGGCAGCACCAACACGCGCGAGUAGUCCUGAAGCCGGGAAGAAAGCACCAGAGCUAGACUUGAGGACGAGUACGUCGCCGUCUACGACGGUAACGAGACCGUAUCAUCAUUAUCAGACCCAUCAAGAGCAGCGGAGGACCGCAGCCCCGUCGAGAUCCCCCCUGUCCAGCCGGAGGAGGAUCGAGUAUCUGAAGAACUAUGUCGCAGAAAUUGCGCCCUGGCUCGACAUGUUUGACUCUAGCUGUACCUUCCGGCAACAACUUCCCGCGCUUUCACACUCGUUCCCUGCCCUGCUUUACGCAAUCCUCGCCAUCUCCGCACGUCAGAUGGAGCGCAAGUCCGGGACUCAGGGCUGGUGCGACAGCCUCGAGCUUUACCAAGAGGCAAUCCGACUCCUGAGUCCACUGAUCCAGGUGCGCGACCCGAAGAUCGUGGCGGCGUGCGUGCUCCUCUGCUGUCUGGAGAUGAUGUCCGCCCGGGCUCAGGACUGGCAUCGACAUCUGGAAGGUUGUGCUGCCUUGUUUGAGGCGAGUGGAAUUCAUGGAUUCUGUGGAGGAUUGCUACAGGCUGUUUUCUGGUGCUAUGCGCGGAUGGAUCUCUGCGGUGCGCUUAUAUCAGACGGGACGAGGACGACAGUUCUACACCCCUCCAAAUGGCUCCCAGUGGGCUGCCAGGAAGAAGAUGCAUACAGACUUUUCAAGGAAGCACGAACCCCGGAUAUGCAUGCCAACUACGCCGUGUACCUUGCCGUCAAAACAACCGAGCUUGUCUCCAACCGUACCAAGUUCAUUGAACUAGGCGAAGCCAACGGCUGCACGACGGAGGUCUUCGCCACACGCUGGGGAUCUCUCUGGGACGAGCUCCAAACCUGGCUAGCCGAACGGCCCCCUGAACUCCUUCCCAUCCAAACAAUCCCCCGAAAGCCAUUCCCAUACAUCCUCUUCGUUCACUGGGCCGCUAUCUCCUCAAACCAGCUAUACCAUACCGCUUGCAUACUGCUGCUGAAAAUGAUGCCCAAAGGGUUGCGGAUUCCGCGAUCUCCUACAUUGUCCCUACUAUGGCAUGCGCGCAGAAUCUGUGGAAUAUCAAUCAGCAAUAAGCAUCAAGGCUGCUUGAACAACGCGAUCCAGCCGCUCUGGAUUGCGGGGCGACUGUUCAGUCAUGCCUCGGAACAUGAGCAAAUUGUCAAUACUAUUCGAGGCAUUGAGGCCGAGACCGGCUGGGGUGCUUGCUGGCGAAUUCGUGAUUUGGAGCUUGCGUGGGGGUAUGCCGUCAGUGGUGAUCGUCGAGAGAUGAUAAAUCAGCAAUUCUCGGCGUCCAUGGAUGGAGAUGCACAUCAAGUCAGCAGCAUAUAG